AUAUCUCUUUAGAAUCUAUUAUUUAGUGGAAAAGAGAAAUUUGGUCAAAUCUCAAUUUAGUUGGUUAAAAUCAGUUUCAGAUUCCUGCUAUUAAUAAGAGGAAACGUAUACGAUAUUCCACCACCAUUUCCUCCAUUCCUCUUGAUACGUAUCUUGAUGCAGUGGGAGGACACAUGUCUCAGCACUAUCCUGAGCGCCAUCACUCUGCGACAUUUUCAGAAAGUCGGAGGAGGAUCCACACAAAAGACGAAGUAAAUUUCCGGCAAUAACGUACAACAGGUUCUGAAUGCAUCCUUCUUGCGGGUCGUUCUCCUCGUCUCUCGCUCAAGAAUGAACAGUUAUGGGUGAAAGUAAUCUGGGCCUGGCUGAGCCGCGCGUGUAUCCGAGUCCCAACAGUCUACAGCCUGCAGCCAAACGAAUCGAUUGUCCGGCGCAUUAAAUAUAAAACGCAUCGAGGAAGUUUUAGCGCGCUACGAUGUCCUUCAGCGACGUGGCAUUUCUACUUACGAUUUUACUUUUUGGGACUUACAAUGCUCACGGACUCAUAAGACCGAAGCAUGACAAAGUCGUUGUUUGCUAUGUCGCAUCCUGGGCAGCCUAUAGGCAAGGAAAUGGAGCAUUCUCGUUAGAAAAUCUCCGCCCGGAACACUGUACCCACUUAAUUUACGCAUUUGCUGGUUUAAACGCUUCGAACUGGACGAUAAGAAGUCUCGAUCCUUGGGCAGAUAUGGAAAAAGACGGAAUAGGCAACUAUAAAAAAAUGACAACAUUCCGCAAACAAGGUCUGAAAGUAUCACUCGGUAUUGGCGGAUGGAACGAAGGCAGCACAAAUUAUUCGUUGAUGGCUUCGUCAUCGGAUCGUAGGAGGAUUUUCAUUGCCAGCACUGUCGAGUUUCUUAAAAUGUACGGAUUCGAUGGACUGGAUCUUGAUUGGGAAUUUCCCGGAAGUCGUGGCGGUGCUCCGUACGAUAAACAGAAUUUUGUUAGCCUCGUGAAGGAAUUGAAGGAUGCCUUUAGGGAACACCGUCUUUCGCUAACCGCAGCUAUAAGCGCCGUCAGUUCCACUAUCGAUAUAGCGUACGAUAUUCCUGAAAUUUCCAAAUAUCUCGAUUACAUUCAUGUGAUGGCGUAUGAUUAUCACGGAGCAUGGAAUAAACAGGUUCUUCCAAAUUCACCACUGCGAAGCAAAGAUAGAUUAGAUGUGGAACAUACUAUUACGUAUUUGUUGCAACAAGGAGCCCCAGCCGAGAAACUAGUUUUAGGGCUGGCGAUGUAUGGAAGAACUUUCGUUCUUACAAGUGUACCAGAAUCGCCUAAAAUAAAUCCAAUUGGCCUGCCCAGUCUGGAUAUUGGAUUUAAAGGCCCUUACACAUCCGAAGAAGGUUUUAUGGGAUUCAAUGAGAUUUGUGAGGCGUUGGUGUUGUUUACGCAAAAUUGGACAACUGGAUGGGAUAACGAGAGCAGCACAGCUUAUGCGAUUAAUAAGGACCGUGUUGUAGUUUACGAUGAUCGCAAAGCCAUGAUGGCCAAGGUGGAAUACGUAAAGAGGAAGAAACUGGCGGGUGUUAUGGUAUGGAGCAUCGACACGGACGACUUCCGAGGAAAAUGCACAUCGCUGCACAAUGACAUGACUUUGCUCGAUGGACGUGAUUAUCCCCUAAUGAAAUCCAUUAACGCAGCUUUGGCAAAUAACACGAUACCAUUCGAGGGAAACCAACAACCGGGCUCGUCGUCCGUGCAAUUCCUUUCAAAUAUUGCGUUUGCGCUAUCCAUCGCAAUGAUUUACCUUUCUCGUUGAUCUUUCUAACUCUAUAAAUCAACGAACGUAAUUGAUAAGUAAUAUUUGUAAUAAUAUAUUGAUGACAAUUAAUAACUGACAAAAAGCGUUAGAACGUGCUUAACGCUCGCUCGUUCGCAGAUUGUUCCUUUUGUCGAUAUUUAGAUUAUAACAAUGUAAUAUUAAUUUACGAUAUAAAAUUUAUAUAUGUGGAUUAUAUGUGCGUGUUAUAUGCGAAUAAAAAGAAAUUAUGUU